AUGUGAGCCGUGCUUUGACGGUAAAGGACUAAAGGAGUGGAGCAGAGAGUAACCUGAACCCGAAGACAGCUCUCGAAUUUUCUUUGCACAACGCGAAUUCCACCAAUAAAUCCGUUUCUUGGUGGCCAAGGCUUAAGCCAUUCAUCCAUCAAUUAGGGUUUAAUCAAUUUCGAAUAUCAAUCCCAAUUUCAGACAUGGAUGUGAGAAUUGGACGAAGGGUUUCUCGUGGAAUGCUCCCCCUGCUAGCUCUUCACACCUUCAGCGAGUAUUACCGCUCGGAGAGAAAGCCCCCCGUCACCGCCGCCCUCAUCGCCGCCAACACCCUCAUCUAUCUCAGACCCUCCUUCAUGGAUCCCCUCAUUCCUUCCAUCGACGAAGUUUGGUUCAAUCCUCACCUCAUCCUCAGGAACAAAGACUUGAAACGCUUCUUCUUAUCCGCGUUUUACCACAUCGGAGAACCUCAUCUUGUCUACAACAUGUUAUCGCUUCUUUGGAAAGGGUUUAAUUUGGAAACAGCAAUGGGAAGCGCUCAAUUUGCUUCCAUGGUUGCUUCUUUACUCGCAUUGUCUCAGGGAAUAACCCUAAUGCUAUCCAAAUCGCUGCUUCUGUUCUUCGAUUACGAUCGAGCGUAUUACAAAGAAUACGUCGUUGGGUUUUCCGGUGUUCUUUUUGCGAUGAAAGUGGUUCUGAAUUCUCAAUCGGAUAACUACACCUACGUGCAUGGAGUGAUACUACCAUCUCGUUAUGCUGCUUGGGCUGAACUGAUUCUGAUUCAGAUGUUUAUGCCUGGUGUUUCUUUCAUUGGUCACCUUGGUGGGAUACUCGCGGGUCUUCUAUAUCUGAGGCUGAGGGGGUCUUAUUCAGGCUCUGAUCCGUUGACUUUUUUCAUGAGAGGUGUUGCUGGUGCGUUGAAUUGGCCUUUAAGGUUUCUCCGUCGAGUGUUUCCGUUUCGCCGGGGACGGAUCACGGGUAGGGGAACCGUUGGUGGCGAUAGAAGAGGGAGGAGUGUUGAGGGUGGUGUAUGGAGGUGCCAUACUUGCACGUAUGAUAAUUCGGGUUUGUUGAGUGUGUGUGAGAUGUGUGGUACGAAUAGGGGUGUGAAUGGAAUGAGUUCUUUUCAGUGGAAUCGUGAUUCCGGUGAUCUUCCUUUGGAUGAACUGCGUCGAAGGAGACUUGAUAGAUUUGGAGGUAGGUGAUGAUUGUUGAUGAUCUUGUAAAUAAUACAGAUAUGAAAAUUUCCAACAUGUUACAUUUUUUUGGGACAAAAGUUUGUUGUAGAGUUAUUGACAAUUUGUUCCCUGUGUUAUCUAGCUGAUGUUACAGCUAGUUAUAUCAAUUUAAACAGUUACAUUGCAU